UGGUGAAGGGGGUACGUGCAAUCAAGCACACAUUUUGGCAGAGGGUAGCUGCUAGUCACGAGGAUCAGAUGUCUCUGUUAGUGACUGUGCUUUUCUAGAUGUGAGAAGAUGCAAGAAAUUGGGCUCAUCAAGUCUUCUGAAAAUAUCUAACUAUCUGAAGGCCUGUUCUGCCAGGUUUUCCCAGAGCACAGAGUGCCUCAUUCCUGAUCUCCACCCUGAACUCACUUCAGGGUGUGUUGAAGGUCAGCGACUACAGUGGCUAAUGACUUCAUUCCAGAUGGCAAGUGACAGUUUUCAGUUGGCACUACUUAAACUAGGCAGAGUUGAUUUUGGUUAUUUGUAAACCACUCCACUGACAGUUACAGAGAGCUAGAUUUUGCUGCUUAUGAGGGGAUAAAAAAGUCAAACAUUACAUAUAGAGACCAAACUAUCCAACAUCCAGGGUUCUCCCAAGCAAGUUUGUUUCCUCAUUGAUGACAGAGCCUUCCCCAAAUGUCCUAGGUAGUUCCUUCCUUCAUUCUACUUUGUUAGUCUUUGUUUCAUCUUCCAGAAGUUUGUUUAAAUCUCUUUUUUGCUGCUGGUCCCGUCAUUCUCUCGUUCUAAGUGGAUUGACUUUACUAUAAUUCUAAAGGCAUCUCAGGAGGAAAAGAAGAUCAAUUUGUUUAGUUUGCCAUCUUGAAUCUGAAGUCCCAUGGCACUUUAUUCAUACUGGAAUUAUAGUACUUUGACAUGUAAAAUAAUAAAAUAAUGUCAGUAUAAAAUAAAAAUUAAAAAAUAAUAUUAUUUCUUAAAGUAAAUGAUGAUUUCUUCUUAAUUUCUGUAUUUGUAGUACCCCAUGUAAUAACUUAAAUUUUACCAAGUAUUCAACUAAUAUUUAAAUGAGUUGAUUUAUGUACAGAUUUUAAGUUACUUCGUAUAUUGGUAAGAUGCCUAUUUUGACUCAGCUGUGUUGACUUUGGUACCUAGGUUAAUAAAUCAUAGCUUAUUAGUCUAAUUUCAAGGAAUCAAUUUGCAACAAGAACACACAGUUAGAGUCAUAUCAGGAAUUAAACUCGAAAUUAUGUUUUCAAAGGGACAAAUGCUUAUACCAGGAUGAAGGAAGAAAUUUAUUGUUUAAUAAAAAAACUAAUUUAAGUCUAUAACAGCUACUUAAUGGGAAUAACAUGACCAAUUUCCUUCCUAAGUGAAGAAAUAAAAGUAAACAUACUUAAAAUAAUGAGGUUAAUAGAAAUAGACCAGGGUAUAUUUGCUAAAUUUUGACACUCUAAGAGUGUUUUUCAUUUAUAUUUAAAUAAAAUGCUUAAAUGUUGUUAUUUAGGUGAAAGAUACAUGGCUGCUUCUCUAGCAGAAAGUAAAAGCAAAAAUUAGUGGCAGAUGGAGCUCAUUGAGUUUGUUCAUCAAAACAACAGUAUUGCCAGAAUUGCUUUUCUUACUUGUAAAAUUUUCUACAAAUCUAGAGACUUUUUGAGAUCAUUGGAGAAAGUUGUAGUUAAUUUCUUUUCUGCCCAGAGAUUCAUUCAAACACUAAUUGAGACUAUUCUGUUUAUAUAUAAGUAGAAUUUGAUACAUAAAAAUAACACAAAAAUUCUCUACAAUAGAUAUUAAAGUCUGAUAAAAUAAUUUAUGUAGAGUACAGAUUUUAAUUUUUCCUUUUGUUUUAAGUUUAGUAAUAACUGAAGAGUUAGUGAUAUGUUUAAUAUGCUUUACUAUGUUUGGUAUAUUAUGCAAAUUGAAUUAGUGCCUGUACAUCCAGAUAUAAUGGAUGUGUCAUUUAGAUCAGACUAUGGGUGAAUCUUUGUAUAGUUUACUAAAGAUUUCUUCAGAUAUUUCAGAUAAGACACAUUACUCCUUUUAACUAUCAACGUAGAAUGAUUACAUUCCAGGAGAAAUGCUAGGCCGUAUCAUCUCAAGCUCCUCAUAACUUGAUGUCUAUCAAUGACUCAAUUCAUGGAGCUAUAAUUAUAGAGGGAUGUGCACUUCAUUUACCUACAUUAGGAAUUCUUAAUCUGGGAGCUUUGGAUAAAUUUCAGAGAGUUUAUUAACCCCUUGAAAUUAUAGCCCUAAUUUUAGGUAUAUGUGCCUCCUCCUGCCAGUUGGUACAUUGCUCUCACCAAAUUCUCAACAAGGUCAAUGAUCCAGAAGUAGUUAGGAAUCACCAUUCUGAAAUUCUCUCUUAUAUUACGACAGUUUCUCAAAGAGCUGUAUCUGGAUGAUUUAGAAUGCCUCUUUUAAAGAUUGCUUUUAUUCAAUUUUGUCUUGGUGUGAUACCACCAGCCUAUUUCGAAGGCUAUUUCAAGAAAGAGUCUUAUUUUGACACUCAUUUAUUUAUUUCUUCACUCAUUCAUUCAGUUACUACAUAUGGAGCACCUUCUGUAUGAGAGGCAGGCUUCUAUGUGGGAAGGAUAUGAAAAGGACACAGUCAAAAAAUCCCUUGGUCUAGAGGAGUUUACAUUCUAGCAGGAAGAGUUAGAAAAUAAGCAAGAAAAAUAAUGAACCAUAUUCAUGUUAGAUAGUGUUAAGUAAUAAGGAGAAAAAAAGUAAACAGAACAGCAGAUAUGACAUGAUGGGGUGGGGAAGGUGUUGGAAUUUUAGGUAGGCUGUUCAGGGAAGGCUCCUCUGAGAAGGUGACUCGAGCAAAGGGGAGAGCAGCAGUUGAUGAGAUCAGAGGGGCACUAGAGAUCCAGGACCUUGUAGUGUUGCACAGGACUGGGACUUUUACUCUGAGUGAAAAGGUGAGCACUGCAGUGUUUUGUAAAAGAGACAUGGGCUGACCCAUAUGUUACCAAGACCAUUCUGGCUGCUGCGUUGGAAACAGACUUAAUUGGGGAGCAAGGGCUGCAGCCAGCAGACCAGUUAGGAGGCCCUUCUCAAGAGACAAUCGUGGCCUGGAGCAGGGUUUUGGCAGUGGAGGGAGUGAGAAAUGAUUGAAUUUUGAACUUCCCGUGAAACUAGGUGCUGUUAGGAUACCUAUGAGGAUGUUACUUGUUAUCUUAUGAAGUUACUCAGGCAAAAUUUCUUUCUGUUCUUAGUGUUAGACUAUUUUCCUAGAUUAUUCGUACUUUCCCCCUAAACUGUUGGUUUCACUUUUUCUCUGAAUUUAAAAAAAAACUGAAAACAAAUUAAAAGCUCAUCUGUAGGAAGUGAAUUUCAAUUAAUGGCGUUUUGUAUAUUAUACUCAUUUUGGUCACCUUACCAUUAAUUUUUCCCUUUGCUUGAUUUUUUUCCUCACAGUUUUGAGAUAUGUCAUUUUUUCCCUAUUAUUUACGUUUUUAUAAACCUCCUCCUAUAUUCCUUUCUGGUACAAUUUAGGGUGGAUAUAAAUAUUUCUUUCUUUGUGUCUAUGUAAAUAUCACCUUUCACAGUCUCUUCAAUGUUACGGCUAUGCCCUCUUGACGCUUGUGAUUGUUACUCUGUUAUAGAAGAGUGAAACCUGAUUGCAGGAAUUCAAACCUAAGAGUAGUUUGUGUUUCGCCUGGAACAUUAAAUAAAAGAAUGGUUGUCUUAUGUAAGGAAGAACAAUAUGAUGUAUUGUUGAUCCACUUGACUCAGUAGAACAGUUGAGUUAACAGUGAGUCAAAUCAGUUGUUGGACUGAAUUACUUAGUCAUUAGUCACUUCAGUCGAAACACUUAGUCUAGUGAUAUGUUGCAUUUAUGACACAUCCUGAUUAUGCAAUUGACCUUGGGUUUGUUUAUGAGACAAUGUUGUAUCAGAAACAGAUAGCAUAAAAAACCUGGGAGGACUUUGCACACAUUUAAUACCAUUAGAUAAUUAAGAUUGCACACUGAACUGAUUUCUAGAAACCGUAAAGAUACAUUCUGAUGUCAAGUGUGUAAAGAAUCAAAAUCCUGGUGAAAAACUCAGUCUGACAAACAAAUUUACGAGACUACAAAAUGGUCAUACUCAUCCAUCUUUUUCCUAAGAGUCAUGUAAGUUGUGAACUAAACAAACACGUUUUUCUGUUUGCUCAUCACAUGCUACCAGUUCUCAAAUAUGACUUAUGAGACAUGUUUCUCACUCAAUACUUUAUAAUAUUCUUUGUGCUCAAGCUGUGAUUACUGUUUUAAACCAAAGUCUCCCCAGAAUCAUAGGCAGCUCUGAAAGGGAUUGUAGAGAUCGUCCUUCAGUCUGAUUUGUAGAUGAGGAACCUGAGGUCUAGAGUGGUGACGUCCCAAGUCCUAUAGCUGAUUAGUCAAAGAGCCUUGAUUGACACCCAACAUUCCUGACGCUUAAUUCAGGGUGUUUUACCUCAGAUUAAUUUUCAUAUAGUGAACUGAAUUCCAAAUAUGAGAUAACGAAAAAGACUCGGACAUCAAAAGCCUUUAGUGUUUCCUUACAAAUCUAAGUCCAAUAUGUUAACAUAGUAGUACAAAUAAUCUUAUUCAUAAUAUAUUCAAAUUGAAUAGAACUCAUGGGAAAGUUUGUCUCUGAAGUCAUCCCUAUCAUCUGCAUAUAUGAAGCCAUCAGACUUUCCUUCAACUACUGAUAACUCGCCAAUGUGAAUGAAUAUUACCUCAUUUACAAAUGAACGGGGGUUUCUAAAAGCAUAUGGGAAAAUGUCCUCAUCUUUAUUGGAAAUAAAUGUGCAGUGCAUUACCUAUGCUAUAAUCAUUUGGCUUUGUAGUAUCAUAGUGAAGAUAAAGGCUUUAGGAAAUAAGAGAAAUUUAAGAACUGAGCACACACAGAAAAUGAAGAGUGUGAUACUUAUAAUGUUAGAUCAGCUGUACAUAUUUAAUUAACAUUGUGAGCACUUUUCUUUAGUUAAAAAUUCAAUCUCAUCUGUGAUACCUGUCCUGGUUUGUCAUGUCAUAAAGGAACAUUGCCAUUUUUUUUAUUAAGCCAUGUGUGAAUGUAUCGCUUAUAUUUUAACUAUGUAAAAUAGCAUGUGCGUAGGAAUGAAUCUAUAACUUACAGUUUUACGUUAAUGUUAAACACUGAUACUGAUCCAGAGUAUUGUAGAGGAUUACAAUUUAAAGAAUUCUUAAUUAUAAUCCUUUUCCUUUUAUAUUUUUCCACAGACGGCUUGUGUAUAUGUCAGUUUUUUUAUGUGCGUGUGUAUUUGUUUUAGAUUUACUGUUUUUCAGGCGCACUUCUCUGAAGUAAGAUGAGUUGUCAAAAAUUCUGUGUGGCUUUUUUACAUUGGGAAUUUAUUUAUGUGAUAACUGCAUUUAACUUGGCAUAUCCAAUUACUCCCUGGAAAUUUAAGUUGUCUUGCAUGCCACGAAAUACAACAUAUGACUUCCUCUUGCCUGCUGGAAUCUCAAAGAACACUUCAAAUUUGAGUGGACAUUAUGAGGCACUUGUUGAAACUAAACUUAAUUCAAGUGGUACCUACUUAUCUAACUUAUCAUCCAGAACAACUUUCCACUGUUGCUUUUGGAGCGAGGAAGAUAAAAACUGCUCUGUACAUGCAGACAACAUUGAAGGGAAGGCAUUUGUUUCAACAGUAAAUUCUUUAGUUUUUCAACAAACAGGUGCAAACUGGAACAUACAGUGCUGGAUGAAAGAGGACUUGAAAUUAUUCAUCUGUUAUAUGGAGUCAUUAUUUAAGAGUCCUUUCAAGAAUUAUGACCUUAAGGUCCAUCUUUUAUAUCUUCUGCUUGAAGUAUUAGAAGAGUCACCUCUGCUCCCCCAGAAAAGCAGUUUUCAGAUUGUUCAGUGCAACUGCAGUGUUCAUGAAUGUUGUGAAUGUCAUGUGCCUGUGCCAACAGUCAAAAUCAAUUACACCCUUCUUAUGUAUUUGAAAAUCACAUCUGGUGGAGUAAUUUUUCACUCACCUCCAAUGUCAGCUCAGCCCAUUAAUGUUGUGAAGCCUGAUCCACCAUUAGGUUUGUGUAUGAAAAUCACAGAUACUGGUAAUUUAAAGAUUUCUUGGUCCAGCCCAACCUUGGUACCAUUUCAACUUCAAUAUCAAGUGAAAUAUUCAGAGAAUUCUACAAAAAAUAUGAGAAAAGCUGAUGAGAUUGUCUCAGCUACAUCUCUGCUAGUAGACAGUGUGCUUCCUGGGUCUUCAUAUGAGGUUCAGGUGAGGAGCAAGAGACUGGAUGGCCCAGGAAUCUGGAGUGACUGGAGCACCCCCCUUACCUUUACCACACAAGAUGUCAUAUACUUUCCACCUAAAAUUCUGACAACCGUUGGGUCUAACGUUUCUUUCCACUGCAUCUAUAAAAAUGAAAACAAGAUAGUUUCCUCAAAAAAGAUUGUUUGGUGGAUGAAUUUAGCUGAGAAAAUUCCCCAAAGCCAGUAUGAUGUUGUGGGUGACCAUGUUAGCAAAGUUACUUUUCCUAAUUUGAAUGCAACCAAACCCCGAGGAAAGUUCACCUAUGACGCAGUGUACUGCUGCAAUGAGCAUGAGUGCCACCAUCGCUAUGCUGAGUUAUAUGUGAUUGAUGUCAAUAUCAAUAUAUCAUGUGAAACUGAUGGGUACUUAACUAAAAUGACUUGCAGAUGGUCACCCAGUGCAAUCCAAUCACUUGUGGGAAGCACUUUGCAGUUGAGGUAUCAGAGGAGCAGCCUUUACUGUUCUGAUGUUCCAUCUAUUCAUCCCAUAUCUGAACCCAAAGAUUGCCACUUGCAGAGAGAUGGUUUUUAUGAAUGCCUGUUUCAGCCAAUCUUUCUAUUAUCCGGCUAUACAAUGUGGAUUAGAAUUAAUCACUCCUUGGGUUCACUGGACUCUCCACCAACAUGUGUCAUUCCUGAUUCCGUGGUGAAACCACUGCCUCCAUCUAGUGUGAAAGCAGAAAUUACUGUAAAAAUUGGAUUAUUGAAAAUAUCUUGGGAGAAGCCAGUCUUUCCAGAGAAUAAUCUUCAGUUCCAGAUUCGCUAUGGUUUAAGUGGAAAAAAAGUACAAUGGAAGGUAUUUGAGGUGUAUGAUGCAAAAUUAAAAUCUGCCAGUUUCCCGGUGCCAGACCUGUGUGCAGUCUAUGCUGUCCAGGUGCGCUGUAAGAGGCUAGAUGGACUGGGAUAUUGGAGUAAUUGGAGUACUCCAGCCUACACAAUUGUCACGGAUAUAAAAGUUCCUAUCAGAGGACCUGAAUUUUGGAGAAUAAUUAAUGAAGACAACACUAAAAAAGAGAGAAAUGUCACUUUGCUUUGGAAGCCCCUGAUGAAAAAUGACUCAUUGUGCAGUGUGAGAAGAUAUGUGGUGAAACAUCAUACUUCCCGCAAUGGAACAUGGUCAGAAGAUGUAGGAAAUCACACUAAAUUCACUUUCCUUUGGACAGAGCAAGCACACUCUGUUACCGUUCUGGCCGUCAAUUCAAUUGGUGCUUCUUCUGCAAAUUUUAAUUUAACGUUCUCAUGGCCCAUGAGCAAAGUAAAUAUCGUGCAGUCACUCAGUGCAUAUCCUUUAAACAGCAGUUGUGUAAUUCUUUCCUGGAUGCUAUCACCCAGUGAUUACAAUCUGAUGUAUUUUAUUCUUGAGUGGAAAAUUCUUCAUGAAGACAAUGAAAUUAAAUGGCUUAGAAUCCCUUCCUCUGUUAAGAAGUAUUAUGUCCACGAUCAUUUUAUCCCCAUUGAGAAGUAUCAGUUCAGUCUUUACCCGAUAUUUAUGGAGGGAGUGGGGAAACCGAAGAUAAUUGAUAGUUUCACCCAAGAUGAUGAAAAACACCAGCAUGAUGCAGGUCUAUAUGUAAUUGUGCCAAUAAUUAUUUCCUCUUCCAUCUUAUUGCUUGGAACAUUGUUAAUAUCACACCAAAGGAUGAAAAAGCUGUUUUGGGAAGAUGUUCCAAACCCCAAGAAUUGUUCCUGGGCACAAGGACUUAAUUUUCAGAAGAGAAUGGACAUUCUUUGAAGUCUAAUCAUGAUCACUACAGAUGAACCCAAUCUACCAACUUCCCAACAUUCUAUAGAGUAUUAGAAGAUUUUUACAUUUUGAAGAAGGGGAGACAAUCUAAAAAAUUUUGGUGGAACUAUUGAGAACUAAAAUAUGGUGGAUUAUGUUGAUUUAGAACUUAAAAUAGAUGGGUAAAUUUGGGGUCAAGUUAUAUGUCUGAGUCUAAUUCAGUUUGGAUGUAUGAUUACUUCUCAAGUCAUCUAAAGUUUAACAAGUAAUAUUUAUGAUAUCUAGCUUUUGAUUUGUCAUUUGGUCAUAAAACAUUAAAGAAUUAUGACUGUUGCUCUUACCACAGAUUUAUUAGACAUCAUCAAAUAUAUAGUAGACUAUGCUGUGACUAGGUGAAAACUGCAACUUCUGACACAUAGCUUUGCAAAUACAAUGGCUCUAAAUAUAGAAUGCAGUCAAAAUAUUUAGUUCAUAUUUUAUGUCCAAAAUUUUCCAUUUUAUAUUCUUUUAGACACUUCAGCCUAUAAACUGACCCAUUUGGGUAUUCUUUUGAAUGUCUUAUAUUGAUAGCUUUUAUGUAUAUCUAACUUUGAUCAAUAUGGGAAUUUUCAUUUUCAAUAGCCUUAAAAAUGGCUUAAGUGCUAACUUCCAUUUCAGUUCAAAGAAAGACAGUUUGUUCUGGUCAAAGGCCAGUAGAAGUUACAGUUUGUACCAGGAUGACCUGACAUAUCCAGGUCAGACUGACCAGAUCAGAAAACACAUCAGCCUCCAAUUCAACCUCCUCAUGAAAUUCUUUACUAAAUUUAAUUUAUUUGCACUGAACCACCCAAAGCUUCUGGCAGUCAGGUAAGUGGACAGUGAUGCAAAAAAGGAGACUCUCUGGAGUUUUUAGAACUAGUCCAAGGCAAACAUAGGACUUUUCUACCUGAAAAAAAAGACCACCUGCUAUUUCUAUGAAUUUAACUUGUGUGGUAUAUUGCUCACAUUCAGAAUAAACCAAAGCCUCUGUUUGAUGAACCCAAAUAACUCAGAUUUAGGCUACAUAUAUAUUACUUACAUUUAGAUUUCAUUCAUAGUUUGAUUUGAAUCUAAAAAAAACCCCCCAAAAUCAGGAAGAAUGUGUCCUUUCCCCCUUCACUGACUUUUAAUAGACAUCAUUGUAAUGUAAAAUUGAAGUGUGAAAAUAUGAAAGGAUAUUCUUUAAUUCUUACCAGCUGAAUACAUAUUCAAUAUGCUUCCAGACUGUUCUAAGAUCUUGAAAAGUUACAUGCAUAUGGUGAUUGAAAUGAUUUUUUAAUAAACAUACUUUUAAUAAAUGUUUGUGACCCAUUUAUAAAAUAUACUUUAAUAAUAUAUGGAUAUGUGAUUUCUUAAUUAUUAGUGAAAUCUUUCAUCAAAUGCAUUUGAAGACAUGUAAAUUAUUUGACAUAAUAAUUAGUUACCAAUUAUGAAGUUUUAGAGGGCAUGAAAUAUGCCAAACACGUCAUUUGAAGAACAGCUGUGAGUUUGACUGUAUGCUAUCUGCUAUUUGUAUUUUUUGUGUUCAUGUUGAUAGCAUGACAUUCCUUUAUUUGGAGAUCUUAAUUUCUAGGUUACUUUAAAUUUUAAGAAAUUCUAUACAUAUGUAGUCAUAACCUUAAGAAACACAAAAUAAGCAAGAAAAUAUUUGAAGGAAAUUAUAAAUCUAAUAGAUUUCUGUCAGAAAGAAAAUAGGCACAGGAACAGUUUUCUCUUCACAUACUAUGUUCAUAGAAUAAGAGAAAAGGUUGUGUUAAUAUAGUAUUUGUUAUUAUGCAGUAUUUUAAUAUCUGUAUGUCUAUUCCAUUAUAUUUGGUGUUUCAUAUAUUUAUUCCUUUAUGGCUAUAAUCACCAAUAUAUUUCAUUUAAGAGUUCAAAACUAUGUUAAAUGAAUUGUGUUUUUAUAUGGAAUAUAUUUGCCAUUAUGAAGAAUAGUUGGUUAUAUUGUUAUUUCAAGCAAUAAAUCUGAAUUCAUUCUAUUAGUUUAAAAAUUGUAAAAUUCAAAAGUUUAAUUAUAUGUGUAACAAAAAUUGAGCACAUUUUCUAUAGCACUUCAUUUAGUUGUGUUAAUUUUUUAAUGUGAUGUGUCUACAGUAUUUUUUAUUUUGCAUUUAUUUUUUCAUCGUGUUUACAUUGUAUGAGUUGAGCUUUUUUUACACACAGAUUCUCGCUUGUAGCUGCUUGGCAGAAUUUUUUGUUGUGAUGUAACCACUGUUCUUAUAAAAAAUAUGAUGUGCA